AUGGAAACAGUAUUGCAAGGCUUAACCAACGUUGUCAGCUUCUACGACGAUAUCAUUGUUUUUGCGGCGAAUUUCGAAGAGCUUCUAGUAGCCCUCACUUCUACGUUGAGUCGACUUCAACAAAGUGGACUCAAACUGAACCGCUCAAAAUGCGUCUUCGCUGUGUCAUCACUAGAAUGUCUGGGACAUCGCAUUGAUCAUGAAGGCUUACACAAAUCAACGAAGCACAUCGAAGCCAUACGAGAUGCCCCACGACCAUCGUCACCGGAAGAGCUACAACUGUUCUUAGGGAAGGCUACAUACUACUCCGCCUUCAUCCCGAACCUUUCCUCACGAACCAAAGUGCUGCGCGAUAUGUUACAGGCAAGCAAUUUCGUGUGGUCACCGGAAGCGGAUAGAGCCUACCAGGACGUGAAGCUAACAUUGAUUUCACCUCAGGUCCUUAUGCAAUAUGAUCCAUCUUUGCCUCUCCUUUUAGCCACUGAUGCCAGCAAAACAGGUCUAGGCGCUGUUCUAUCACAUCGGUUAAGUAAUGGAACUGAGCGACCAAUUGCCUAUGCCAGCUGCAGCAUGACUACUACAGAACAACGGUACCCGAUCAUAGACAAGGAAGCUCUGGCAAUUGUUUGGGCGAUUAAAAAUUUCUUCCAUUACCUGUACGCCCGUAAGUUCACACUUAUAACGGACCAUAAGCCUCUGACGCAGAUUUUCCACCCGGAAAAAUCGCUGCCGACCUUAUGCAUCAGGAGAAUGGCAAACUACGCCGAUUAUUUGUCGCACUUCAACUUUACAAUCGAGUAUCGACCGACAAAGCUAAACACCAAUGCCGAAUAUUGUUCCCGUAUUCCGAGCACAUCCAAGCUAUCUGAUGUGAACAGCCUCUUUCUUCACAAGGGAGGAGACAGCCGCGAUGAAUUUGAAGAAUUCAUGUUGCAUCAGAUCCAGCAGCUGCCAUUACGAGCGGAACACAUCGCACAGGAGACACGGAAAGAUCCUCAGCUAGGAAAAAUAAUUCAGGACCUCGAAUUGGGGCGAAACCUCGAACACGCUGGAUAUAAGGCACCGGAAAGCAAAUACACCAUGGUAGCUAACUGCCUUCUCUUGGAGCAUCGUGUAGUUAUCCCAACCAUCCUUCGUCCAGCUAUCCUGAACGACCUUCACACUGCACACAUCGGUAUGGUCAGGAUGAAAGCGUUGGCACGUUCAUAUGUCUACUGGCCGGGCAUCGACACAGACAUCGAACGAACAGCCAAAUCAUGCUGCGAAUGCGCACGACAAGCUACAUCACCGCCCAAGUUCAGCAACCAUCACUGGCAGUAUCCAAAUAACCCGUGGGACAGAAUACACGUCGAUUACGCUGGACCCAUAUUUGGAACGAUGUUGCUAAUCGUCGUGGACGCCUUCAGCAAGUGGGUUGAAGUCAAGCCAACCCAAUCAACAACUACUGCUGCAACCAUCCAACUGUUGGAUGACUUGUUUGCCGCGUAUGGAGCACCGGUAACAAUUGUGUCGGACAACGGGACACAAUUUACAUCUUCUGAAUUCAAGGCGUUCCUACAACAAAGUGGUGUCAAAUUCCACAAGUUGUCUGCUCCAUACCAUCCGGCGACCAACGGACAGGCCGAACGCUACGUCCAAACAGUCAAGCGUGCUUUGCGAGCGAUGGAGACAACUAGCAGCAACCUGCAGACGAACAUCAAUCAGUUUCUGCAGCAGUAUCGCAAAGUUCCCCACAGCGAAACGGGAGAGUCGCCAGCAAAGAUGUUCCUAGGUCGCAACAUCAGGACACGACUCGAUCUAGCUCGACCCCGAGAUGCACACGCUAGACUCAUAGAGAAGCAGCAGACACGAUUCGAACCAACGUAUCGUUCAUUCCUCCCAGGACAACAAAUCUAUUGCUUGUCUGGCAACCCGAGGAUGGACAAAUGGAUUCCUGCAACGAUACACUCUCGCCUUGGUGAUCUACACUACGACGUCCUCUACCAGGGAUGA